AUGGAAAAUAUCAGCGAUGAUGAACUGCGAUCAGCUUUGUCUAGAUAUUUAGAUGUUGUUCCACCAGUGACAGAAUCAACUCGAGCAACUUUGAUCGCUAAGCUGAAAAAGUGCAUAUCAAAUGGUUCUGAGAGUUUAUUAAAGGAUACUCCACAAAACGUCGUAGAUAAUCUUAUCAACGUAACAGAAGAUAGACCAAUACAGACUUUAAUUUCCGACAAUAAUCAUGAAUCACCGAAAUAUGAGACGACUGAGGUACUACAGAGACCCUUGUCUACUAAAGAACUAUCUGCAAGUUUUAUGAAUGGGUUACCAGUACAAAACCACUCAUCUCCCAUACUAGAAUGUGUUUCUCGACUUCCAAGUUAUCGUCGUCGAUCUAUACAUCCAGACCGACCAGGAAUAGAUGACCCCUACGCUGAUGAUUUGGCUUGGUUUCCAUCGUUAUCGUCAACAAAAUGUCGUGAACCGCCCAACAAACAAAAGAUGUUUCACAACACGAAAGGAAUCAUCAGGGAAAAUCUUAUAAAAUCUUUUUUGUAUGUCAUCAUUGGUUUGAUGUCUGUCAUUCUCGAUUGUUGCUUUUCCUCCCUCUCUAAAUUAACGAAUGCCGUAUCCACUUGUAUACCAUCUUCACGGAUCUGUCUUUGUGUCGUUUUAUUUGGACUGCUUUUAUGUGGAUUGUAUAAGCUUCUACUCGGGGAUCCAUUUUAUCAUAAUCCCGUGGAAGAUCUAUAUAACAUCAUACAGUUUCCUUUUGUUAAGUAG